UCUGGCUACAUGGUGGGGCGCAGGCGGUGUCGCUGUGGGGCUUGGGUGCCGCUCUCAGGAGCCAGCCCGGAUCAUUUGUUGGCAGUACAUAUUGGCUGAAGUCAGUUUUCAUUUCAAGAUGUUUUCUCCCAAUGGGCUUUUGGUGUAGGAUGUUGGAGAACCAAGAGCAGGAGGAGGUGAUCACUGUGCGUGUUCAGGACCCCCGGGUGCAGAAUGAGGGCUCCUGGAAUUCUUACGUGGAUUAUAAGAUAUUCCUCCAUACCAACAGCAAAGCCUUUACUGCCAAGACGUCCUGUGUACGCCGCCGCUACCGUGAGUUUGUGUGGUUGAGAAAGCAGCUACAGAGAAACGCUGGUUUGGUGCCUGUACCUGAGCUUCCUGGGAAGUCACCCUUUUUUGGCAGCUCAGAUGAGUUCAUUGAGAAGCGACGACAAGGUCUGCAGCACUUCCUUGAAAGAGUCCUGCAGAGUGUGGUCCUCCUGUCCGACAGCCAGUUGCACCUCUUUCUGCAAAGCCAGCUCUCGGUGCCUGAGAUUGAAGCCUGUGUCCAGGGCCAAAGCCCCCUGACUGUUUCUGAUGCCAUUCUUCGCUAUGCUAUGUCAAACUGUGGCUGGGCCCAGGAGGAGCGCCAGGGCUCUUCUCACCUGGCCAAGGGAGACCAGCCUAAGAGUUGCUGCUUUCUUCCAAGAUCGAGCAGGAGGAGCUCUUCACCACCUCCUGGGGAAGACAAGGGCCAUUUUGAAGUGUGGGCUCCUGUUGUUGACUCUGAAGCUCCUUCCUUGGAGAGCCCUCCUCCCCCACCCCCCUCCUCACCAUCAUACUGUGAUUUUGCAAGACCUGAUGGGGAAACCUCGGUGUCUCAGCCUGUGGGGAGGGCUGCGGGAGGGGACCCUGCUGUGCCUUUGGACCCUGGUCAGUUAGAAGCAGUUUUGGAAAAGUGAGCUCUAGUCAGAUCUCCUGUCUGUGCUCUGCGGUGGAGGAGAAGAUGCAGGCGAGGAGACCUGCCGGGUGGGACUGGGCCCAGGGUGGGUGUGGGGAGUUGGGCUGCUUCGUGUCUUACAGUUGCCUCUGCUCAGAUUCAGAGGGCGAUCUGACAACUCCUUAAGCUUCCCCCACAGGAAGCAACACUGUGCCUGUGUUUGUAAGUUAAACAUGAGGCCCAGGGGCUGCUGGUUUUGAACAGAAUCCCAUGUCUAACCUCCUGGACCCGAGUUUCUUUAAAUGUUUGUUUAUGGGCCCAGGGUCAGUGCCUCAGGUGACUGGUUUCGGGGACCUGUACAGGCAGAUUCUAAGCCGCCAUGUUGAAUAUUGUCCCUAUAGAAAUGCUUGCAUAGUUGUACCCCCACUGGCUGUUUGGCUGCAGUUCCCAGUUCUGGCUGCAGCGCCCGGAGCACUUUGUUUCCAGGAGGCUGGCUUCUUGCCUACCUCCUCGCAUGGACAGGGCCAUGAAUAUUUAUUCUCCCACUUCCUUGCUUUCCCCUCAUUAGUGCGACUGAACAGAAUGGUGCUGUGACUCCUGCUACUGGGGUGUCCUGCAAAUCCCAAGACAGACCCUGUGUGGCCUGGGACCAGUGGGAUAGCUCACAGGACACCCACAGAAGAAUGAGUGUUGGUCACAGCUCGAGGCAAGGCAGCCCUCACGGGGCUUUGUUUUGGCGAAGGCUGUCCUGGCCUGUCACCGUCUCUUCUGGUCUGAAAGCAGAAAAGCAGAGACAGGCCUGUCUUUCCCGCAGGCUUAGCGUGGGCUCCUUUCUUUUCUGAAACCUUUUCUUCUCCCUUAGUCACAGUUUCCUGCCUCCAGGGCUUCAGCCACCACAGCAUCCCUCUGCUGUGUGGUGGGGAGGAGGCCGUAUGUCCUGUCCAGGGGGGCGCACAGCUUUGUUUCUGCCUGGAGAGAGGGCUCUGGGGAUGGAGGCAGGAACAACACGCCCGCCUUCAGACAAUGAGGCAUUCUGCCCUCCUGCCGCCUGAUUCCUCUCCGCGAGAGCGGGGCUGGUGGGAGAUGAGCGCCCCGGGCGUUCCGCACGGCUCUGUGCUUAGGCGUGCAUGCGUGCGGCUCUCCUUGCCCACUCCUCCCUCUGGCCAGGGCACCCUGUCUGUGGGCUCUUUCCCUCCCAGUCUGUGCUGUGGGACUGUCAUGGCAUUUAGUUCAGAGUUGAGGGGCUUUGGCCUGAAAUAAAAUUCAAGUAUUUAAGACUGUUGUUGCAAUUUGUGUCUAACAAGCUGUAGCCGAGGAGGAGGGAGUGAGGGCUGGCAGUAGUUACUUUCAUAAAUCAUGAAUUUAUCAGCGUGGAAAUAAUGGUUCAGAACGGCACUGCAGCUCUCCUGCAUUGUGUGUGGUGCAGGUUCACCACUGGAGGAAGGUCUGUCUUCCAAAGAGCCGGAUCCAGCUCUUCUCACAGUUACAGGCAUGAACCUUGUUAGGUAUAAUUUACCUGAUGUUGCUUCCCUCUUCGCAGCCUGUCUGAGGUGCCAGGUGCUGAAAGAGAAAUAAAGUUUGUCAACAAGCAGAUGCAAAGCCCUGGCUGGGACUCAUCCCUCUUCCCUGCCCAUCUCCCCUGGGUCUCUCCUUUAUAUGAUGCAGCAGAGCAAGGCGAGGAUAGAAAACCUACAGAGGCAGGCAAAUCCAAAAUGUCAGAAGAAGUUCAUUUAAAAGGGGAAAAAAACUCCACACACAACCCUCACAAAAACCCGACAGAUGCUAAGCUAAUGGCAUCCGCUCUGCCGAUUGGUGGGGAUGGUUCAUGAAUAUUAAUGAGUCCAAUGCUCCAAAUGGUGCAGCUGUGAACCCAGCUGUGCCUGAAGCUCUCUGAUCUCGAAACUUCCAGACAGGAGCCGGAGGUGGUCUGUGUCAAUUCCCUACUCAGCCAAAAAACAGCAAGCUGGGUUGGCCUUCUUCUGUUCACUCCUUUUCUUCCCGGAGUUGGUGCUCAGCAGCUAGUUCUGCCAGCGGGAUAGGCUGCUGGGACAGCAGGAACCACUCAAAGACAGGGAUGUGAUUUUUCUGACUCCCGACUUUUUUAAUGAUCCAUUAACAGUGGCGCAUAGAACAGUACCUCGGUUACUCCAAGGCCAGGGCCCAUCCCCUCACUGACUCGCAUAGACCACGGGAGAGGAAGGAAGGGCUUUCCUAGUAAUACAGGCCUGAACUUACCAGAGAAACAUCACAGGUGGAUUUUCCUCUCCAUGCAGGCGGUGCCAUUUGCCUCUCACAUUUUGCUCUGUCCCUGUGUGUAGCGACGGUGGUCAACAGGUGACCCGUAUCCUGGAGAGCUAAUCGUUUUUGCAGAAUGAAAGUAUUUUUCGGUUACAAUGUGGGUUCCAGGUAGGUUGUGUGCCUGAUUUAGUGACCUCUGGCAGCCGCCUCCAGGGCCCAAAUCUAGCCACCCCAUGUGAAUCAGGAUAAGUGUCUCCAAGAUCUGAGUUUGGUUCUGUUUGGUGGAAGGAAGUGAGUGUGUGUGUGUGUGUGUGUGUGUGUGUGUGUAUGGAGGGAGGAGCUGGGUUUUCUCGUACAAAAAUAUUUCAGAUGCAUCCCUUUACUUGACCUUAGUGCCCAGGGAGGACAGUAGGGCAAGUGUUAUGCUCAUUUUCUACCUGAGGAUGGCUUUUUAAAAGCGUGUUUUUAUGUAGUAAAGUUUAUUCAGGUGAGAGGUGCUUUCCAAGCUCUUUAAGGCAGGUCUCUUUUCCUCCCAAAAGCUAAAAUAAAUUCAAUCCUGUUUAAGGGGAAAAAAUUCCUUUGCAGGGCUUUACAGAGUUUCUCUAGAAACCAGCCCUCAGUUUUGUGACUAAGGCCUUAACUCCCUACCAAGUUCUAGGCACCUCGUACCCUCUGGAGCUUUACUUGGGAUGCAAGCAUGACUUUAAUAAUCCGAUUCGACCUUGGGUUAGUUCUGUGUUAAUGAAUUUGCUUGUGUCCCUCAGCUCUUGCUGAAUAUUCUUAACUCCUAGGGGUGGGGAGGACAGUGGGCCUGAUGAUGUGAAGUGGGGUUGGAGGUAGAAAUGGAAACAGGCCAGCUCCUGCCUGCCUCAUGGAGGCCACGGGAGCAUUCAGUCAGGGCUGGAGUGGCAUCUGCGGAUUUAUACGUGAGCAGCCAGCUGAGACGCUGCUGAAGCCAAGCAGAUAACCACUGCAGCGUGAGAUAGCGACUUCUGAGUCAAGCCUGAGCACUGAUCCUAAGCCCCUUCCUGGCGGCCUCUGCCAGUAGGGACUCAGCUCUGUAGAGGCCAAGGUGCUCUGCUCAAUGUGACCUUUCUCUGAACUGUGGAUGAGCACCCCUCUUCCGAACACUAUGCCUUCUUCCCUGAGGGCUUCCUUACCUCACUUUGGAAGUCCCCUUAACCACCUCUUAUCUCUCACCUACUCCUUGCCUCAACUCUUCUAAGGAACUGUUUUAGGCACUGCUACAAAAAUAAGCUAUCUGCAGCCACCGCAGCAUGAAUUCUAUCCCCGGUCAGGGAGCAACACACAUGGCGCAGCAGACCUCUCUUGACUUGCCCGCUGCUCCCCUCAGCAGUGUAUUUCAGUCAAUCUGCCUGUUCUGUUCCCCACUCUGUCUCCGAUGGAUCCUCCCACCCCCACAUCUCUGGCCUGUACCCCAGUUCUUG